AGCCAUAGCUUCUAUCAAUUUAUGGACUCUAUCGAAUAAUUCGUACCACACAUAAUUCCACAGUCAUCAACGUAUUCAUCAUCAUUCACACCUUCAUCCGUGUUUUUUCGUUUACACCAUUCGAUAGUUCUCACUCGAUUCGCUCGAUUCUGGCCGCCACCAAGUCGACUAGCUGUAAUGCUAACGGUCGAACGAUAGUCUGCCUCUUCCCUAUUGGUGAAUUGUUACUUCUGCUAGUAAAAUAAAUUAUUAUUAUUGCUGUUACAAUUGGGCAUCAUAUAUUUACUGUUGAAGAAAAGUAAUUGAUUCUCAACACUAUAUCAGCGUUUUCCGAUUUAGUAGAAGAAAUGUCUACUGUGCCAGAUUCCAGAGCAUCUCCGAUGUCUGAUGCCCCAUCAGAAAGCGGGUUUACAACUUUGUCUUUGCGGGAUAAAGCUUUAAUUAAAAGAAAUAUUAAUAGACACCAUAAUAGCAAUUUCAGAGCCGGUUAUGUCCCAGUCCAUGAGCAGUCACUCCACAAAACUGGAUUACGAGGCAGAAAAACAUAUGCCUUCUGGACACUGGUAAUGCUACUCUUCUUCCUUGCAUUGGGAAAUUUACUACUGACUUUCAUCAUUUUGGGUGUACUUCGUCUUGGUCAGGGCAUGGAAAGCCUUGAACUUGUACCAGAGAAGUCACUUAUCAUGUUUUAUGGAAAUACAGACUUGGACAGGAUAUACAAACGUGAUGGCAAAUUGGAAGGUUUUUCCGAAUGUCCCGUGGAAAUGAUAGGUGACAAUGGUUCAGUUUAUAUUAAUCUUGUAGACAAGGAAGGCCGGUUGACUGAACCUAGGAUAAACAUUAAUCUCAGCAUCACCACAGUAACUGGUGUUCAUUCUUUUGAUGUUCGUGAUCCUCUGACUGGACAAUCUGUCUUCUCAACGGGCUUCCCUAAUUUUGGACUUCCUCGUGGUGUGAAGAAACUUGACAUCAGGAUGGCACAAACUCAACGAAUUACAAGUCCUGUGAAUGCCAGUCUCUUCCUACGUUCGGACACCUACACUCGGCUUCGUGGUACUGAGGGCACACGUAUGGAAGGUCGGGAGAUCGUGUGGUCAGCAGAUCAAGAUAUUUAUCUCAAAAGUGUUAAUGGAAGCGUAAUUCUGAGUGGGCAUGAAGGUAUUUCUGUUGAUAUUAAAAGCAUUCCUAUUGCAUUAGGUGAUGGAGGAAAUCCAGCCUCAGUGCAAUAUAAAGUAUGUGUCUGCAUGCCUGAGGGCAAACUGUUUCGAGUCCCUGUUCCGUCUGGUGGGAAUAACAUGCAUGUUGGAUGUCAUAAUGUGAAUCUCUCGUCCCAAACCAAUCCAUGCAUGUAACAGUCAACUGUUCAAUGUCGACUGUAGAAUAUCUAGUCAUAAUACUUUGUUCUUAUUUGUGUAUAGAACAGCUAAAACAGGCUUCCAUGUGAGUGAACAUAUUGUCUAAUUAGAGUGUAGAAUUUGUAUGUACAUAAUUAGUGCUGGGAAGAACAUAUUGUCUAUGUGAAAAUCAUGAUUGCUGUAUACUGGGAUGUGAUGCCAUGUGUGCACCAGACAGAGGCAGCAUGCCCCUUGAAAAUGUACAAAGGUACAUGAUGUCACAUCCCAAAAUACCAUAUUUAUAUUGUGUCCUUUAUGUCUUGUGUUUCAGUCUGUAUGAUGAAGCUAGCAAGAACUGUAAAUAGCUAUAAUGCAAUUUAGUCAUGCAUUGACGUGUAUAGUUUCCAGUAGUGAAGAGUGAAGCUACAACAGAUUUUCCCAAUAUAAUAUCAGAACUGUAUCACAUCAUUGCCUCUUUUGGGGGGAGGGGGGGAGGUGAACCAGCUGACACACAAAUGUUUUGUCCAGAAUUUGUAGGUAUGCAGCUGAUUAACUAUCAUGACCAAACUGAAAGACAGUUGACUUUUUUUAUGGCUGCCAU